AAGCAACUUUCUCCUUCCACCUAGUCCUCCACUCCAACCCACCACCGAGGAGGUAUUCCCUGACCAUGAUGAGCCUCUCAGAUCAGCAUCGAUUACAUCACCAAACAGUGCGCCUGAAGCAGACAGCAUGGACAGGCCAUUGUCCCUACCCGCAGUAGAUCCUCAGCUACCCGGAGAUAUCGAUGAACAGGGUAUACCUCGUACCACAACUUCCGCCUUUGCGGAAAAUCCGGUAGCUGUUUCAAUUCACCAGGGUCCUGACCUGGUUCAGGAUAUUGUCUCUGAUACAACCCUAGAGACCUCUCCACAAGUGGGGAACGGCGAGUCAGAUCCAAUUGGGCAUCUCUCACAAGAGCUGGCAGAACAACUUUUCAACUUUCAAGGAUGUUGCAACGAGUGCCACCAGGCAGCAAAGCGCAGUCAUAUGGGAGAUACCAACGAACAUAUCAGCCUUGCCAUGUACCUGCACUUCACGCCUGAAUUAGGUCCUGACAUCCUCAGUCGUGAGACCAUCGCGCACCAGAAAGAUGAUGUGGCUGGAAAACUAAACCCUGAAUCCAGAAGACAGCUCUUUUGUGGUAUUGACUCCAGAGAGGAGGUACCAUAUAUCUGCUUGGAUGAAGAUGAGCGGGUUUCAGAUGGUGCUGGGGUUACCUUCGAUAUAGACAGUGUCGUGGCCUUCCCGAGUAGCCUUGCUGUUGCUAAGAAGGGAAUUCACUGGUCUCCUACCCGAAUGACUGUAUCUGAUCUUCAGUCUGAUCUCCACCUUCGAUCAAUACCUGUCACGUUCCUCGAUACAAAUGGCAAACAACAUCAAGUCCACCGACCUGUACACCAGAUUCCUCACUAUACAUUCGGUCGUGUUAUUGGAUUUGAGGAUAUAUCUUUAUAUAUUCUGUUCCCUAACCUAUAUCGAGAAGAGCAGAAGUCUAGUAAAAUCAGGGAUGAAGACUUUCGACUAUGGAUGGAUGGUAUUCUGCUCCCUGCAAUAUACCAAUGCUACAGCACAGCUCAUGUCCAGCAUUAUCCGUCAAGCUAUGACCACAGUCGUUACAACUCCACCGCCCGCGGAAUAGAGGGACUUUCUCAACGUGUGCACCCAGUGGCACGGGAACAACAACUAGUGUAUUACUUGCCACCAGAGGCACUGGCAGAUGUUUGGGCUACUAUCACCACUGCCAUUCAAGAACCAGGAUUCCAGCAGUUCCGGAAUGCUACUAUUCUUCUUCAAGCAAAGAACCUGAAGGUUCUCACAAAGGACGUUACUUGGGAGAAGAUGAUGUCUCGUUUUGAACAGUAUUGGACCAGUGCCAUCGAUAACAGCCAUACGACAACAGACCUCUACUUUGAUAUUGGGAAAGAAACUUGCCCUCAGCAGCCAUCUGAAGUUGUACCUUGGAGCCAACUGGCAACUGGUAUUAUUGAUGAUCCACCAGAUAAACAAGCAGAAACACUACUUUACCGGCGAUGUUGCUUAGAAUCAUAUGCCUUCCAGGUCGGCAAUAGGUAUACUGAUGAUAAGGGGACCCCAAAACAGGUCUUUUAUCCAUUCAGUAUGCUUAAGGAUACUGGGAGUCUCACUAUAGAGACUGGAAAGCGCUCUCAGCGCCGAGCUGCUGGCCUUCUAUACUCUCAAUUCUACUCCAGUGUCAAGGAAGUAUUCGCAGCCGGAAAUGUGUAUCCGUUCACAAACGCGGCUAUCGAAACACUUGCCCUUGAUAAAAAGCUAAGAAAGACAUGGGAGCUUGUUGGAGGCGGUCUUAGCCACCAGCCAACGGCAUUAAUCAAGGCAUACUUAUACACAAAGCUUCGAUGCCACCAUGCCAUAUUAGGAUCUAUGCGAAAGUCUUUCGGCAUUCGAGAAGAGCAUCGUGUUUCGAAGGAGCUGUUCUAUGCUAUUGACAACCAGAUAAGAUCCAGAGAGCUACAUGAGAAGCGCCUCAUCGUACCUACUGACGAUGGUUCCCCAUACUAUAGCUUUACAACUGAUACUCUCCUCACAUGGGUGAGGUGUAACAUCAACAAGUUCUGUGUAGGGUUCGAGAUGGUAUACAGCUUCCAAGAUCCACAUUUUGUGACUUGGGAACACACAAGAAUUAUGCUCAUGUUUCUUCGCUGUCUCCAAUUCUCAUAUACAGGCGGAUUGAUACAGAAGGUCGCUGGGUGCUGGCGAGACAUACGACUGCAACCCGAUGCAAGCCAGCCAGAUGGACUUCGGCGCCACGAAGGUCUUGGAUUCAAGCUUACCAUGGAGAGGUAUGGUUAUGCUUGGUUUCUUGACAAGAUCGACUGGAAUACGCUUACCUUCCGCCAACCUUAUGCACCUUAUAUGAUGUUUAACAACCCAUCGAUGCAGAAUGUGUAUCGCGCUCGAUACCACCAAGUGCGAGACGUACGGAUCGACUUCAUUCGAGUGAAUAAGGCCUACCAGUGGAUGCUUGAAUUCAGUUCUAUUCCAAAGUGCCUUGACCUCCUAGAAAAUUACCUUCGAGAGCUGUGUCUGUGUGCCUUUCGAAAGGACGUUUUCUUCCACGUCAAGUCAGCUCUGAGGCCAGAAUGUCUGGAAUCUGCAUUGUCAGGAGAGAUUCCCCUGUGUUACGGUAGUGUUAAUAACGCCAUGCUGAAGGAUCACCAGCCCCUUCAGCUUGCACAAGGAAAUCGAUUGGCGGUAAAGGAUAUUCAUGUCUUAUUUUCUUGGCUUUGGAAAUCGAAGGAUGACUAUUUUGAACGGCAAGGAUGGAACGAGAAGCCAUAUCGCAUGCUAUUCCAACAGAGUUUCCAUGCCAUCAAAACUGCACGAGGCAAGGCUGGCGCACGGAAAUGGCGUCAAGACCUGAAAAGGUCGUUUCUUGGAAGCCAUUGGAUUCUCCCCUACCCGCAUAGCCGAGGAUUCAUGCGGAAAGACAAGGAAGAAAAACAAUUCAUUUGGUGGCCUAGCGCGCAUUAUGGGCUCAUCAGACACUACGCCAAGUCCCGACAGACUGGAACUCUUACUCAUCCACUGCCAGCAUCCAACAUCAACACCCAUCCUGUUGACGGCUGGCAAUUAGCAACCACUCUAUUUUCCAAGAGUUACAUGCCCCAUGUCAUACAACCCGAACAGGAGUUAAUUCGAAUGCCUGAGAACGAACUUUAUGCCCAAUUAGUUCGUCUUCGGGAGCAAGAAUCAGCCGGGCUGACCCAAAGCCACUUUCCAGCACAUACACUGGAAUUAGACAACUCUCCUGAGAGAUAUUAUUUCCCAAAGAAAUGGUGUCCCAUAAGGCAGAUUGAAGUCGCUAAAACGUUCGAGGAAUGUGACGAAGUUAAUGAGUGCCUGUGGUUUUUGAAGAGAGGGUUGGAAACCUACGAGCAUCUCCAACAUGGUCAACUAAAACGACGCAAAAGGCGGCGUCAAAAUCGUGCUAUGAUUCAAUCAGACACCGAUUCGAGUUCAUUCUCAGGGGGUGAAGAAGGUGAGGCUACCUCGGAUGAGGAGAGCCUUGGUGUUAUGCGAAAGAAGCAGGCGCAGGUCGUGCGCAAUAUGGAAACCCGAGUACAUGAGCUCAUUGAAGCACACUAUCGAAGAUAUCCGCAGUGGAAGAAGUGUUAUGAUCCUGAGUUAAGGGAGCUAAAUUACCGCCUCGAGAAAGUUGAAUGAUGUCCAAGUGGAUAAUAAAUGAGCACAAAACAGAAGCAGGCACACAAAGAAAGAACAGCUACGUAUGCAAAUGACUCAC